ACGGUCCCGGCAGACCGGCAUAGUAGACGUUUUACGACGCGUUGCUCAGCCAGUGUCCAUUGUUGGGUGCGCGCAAGCAAGUUUUGAAGCCUAGGGUUUUCGCUUGGUUCUAUAAGCAGCAAAAGCUUCGCCCGGGUCCAGAAGUCCGCCAAUCUCGUGACCUUGGCAGGAGAAAGCAAAAGUUUGUAAACAACGCCACGUGCCCUUUCCAGUCGGCAAUAUAAGUGUGUGUCAAGUUGGUUACCUGUGACAUACAGCUGCAGCAUACUAGCAACAAUGAAGGCAUUGUUAGUGCUCACUGUCGCAGUCGGUGUGGCCCGUUGCGGUGGCGGCGGAGGUUGGGCCGGAGGAGGAGGCGGAAGUUGGUCCGGAGGAGGAGGCGGAAGUUGGUCCGGAGGAGGGGGCGGAGGUGGUAAAACUUACAUCGUUAAGUCUAUUGGAGGUGGUGGUGGAGGCAGUUGGUCCGGAGGAGGAGGAGGCGGCAGCUGGGCCGGAGGAGGCGGCGGCUGGGCCGGAGGAGGCGGCGGCUGGGCCGGAGGAGGCGGUGGCUGGGCCGGAGGAGGCGGCAGCUGGUCUGGAGGAGGAGGCGGCAGCUAUGGCAAAACCUACAUAAUUAAAUCUCUUGGCGGUGGAGGAGGCGGGGGCUACGGAGGCAGUUGGUCCGGAGGAGGUGGUGGUGGAUGGUCUGGGGGUGGAUGGUCCGGUGGAGGAGGCGGAGGCGGUAAGACCUACAUCAUCAAAAAACUCGGGGGCGGAGGCUGGUCCGGUGGCGGCGGAGGCUGGUCCGGUGGAGGGGGCGGAGGUUGGCAUGGUGGAGGGGGCGGAGGUGGAAAGUCCUACAUUAUCACAAAGAUCAAAGGAGGUGGAGGUGGAUGGAAGGGCUAAGAAGUAACGUUUCGGAUGCCUAAACUACCAUUAGAGUUCGCUUCGAUGCUUCUGAUUGAUGCCUCUUAUCACUCAUGUCUUCAUAAUGGCCCAAAACGGAAGUACCUCAAAGGUUGCUACAGAUAAAUUAUGUAAAAAUGUAUAUUAUACUAUAUAGCAUAAAUAUACUGUAUUGUACAUGGAGGUAAAUAAAUAUUAUCUGGUUAUUUUCAUGUAUUCAUCA